CUGAAGGAGCACGUUGCCUAGCAACAAGUGUCUAGCUACAGCUCCUGAGUGUAAACAUUGUACUUUUGUUAUUGUUUUUUUUUCUUUUACAUUUUAUGAAAACGGAGGCACAUGUUUUUAUUCCUGGAAAUAAAGUGAAAGUAAGAGAACAAGCGUGUCAACUUAUUUUCUCAGGGAACCAUGUCACGCAACACCUCCAAGACUCGAGCUGAAAAGGGUCGUGUCACAUCGGCCCAGCCUCCACCUCCCACUCAAGCUGAGGACGUGGAGGACAAUGUGGACCUGGGAUGUCUUACCAAGUCUGAGUUUGUGACUAUGAUAGCUCAGGAGGAAGGAGAGGAAAUUGUGGCAGAUAUCCUGGAGGAAUUCAUGACCCAUGUGAUGGAGAAGUGUUAUGAAGUGUAUCUUAAGAAACAGAUAAUACCAUUCACUGUGGCCUGGGCAAAGAAUACUGUUCUCCAGCUGGCAAAGUGGCAGCACCUUAUGCGUGAUGAAGGCGAUGAUGUAGACACAACCUCACUCCUGCAGGAAGACACAGCGCCUGCACCUUCAAUUCCAGAUUCCUGGGCUGAAGGCUGUGUGCCGGUUAUCAAAAUCUCAAAUCAUUUACAGGGGGUUAAGAUUGACGCACAGGAAGCUGACCUUAAAGAUCUACAAAAAAUGCAGGAGGCCAAGUCAAUAAACAAAACAGAAUCUCCCCCAAGGAAACCAAGACGAAACGGCAGGACCAUGAAAGUAAUCCCUGCGUCUCAUGCAAAGAUGGAACUGGAAAGAAACCCACAUCCACCUGAGACACUUUCACCAAACAAACUGAAACCCCCAGAAACACAGAAUAUAUUGCAGUAUUAGGACUUAUUGGUUGAAGACAACCUGGACUUUUUCCACCACAAGCCCACAAGAUCUAUACCAGGUGCUGCAGCACAUCCUGUCCAAAGAAAGAAUGAUGCCAGAGGACAACUUUUGUCUUUGAGAGGGAUUGGAAAUACACACUUGUUUAAGAGUUUCUUAGUUACAGUAAAGAGAUGUUAGCCAACCAAAACAUGUUUCAGUUCAGAGGCCCGAUGAGAGACAGUUCAACUUUUCACUGUUAGCUGACAGUUUUUAGUUCUUAAAUUCUCAGCAAGUGGCUCCCAAAAUAACGAGCAUUUAAUACUGAUGCACAGACAAUAAGUUUAUUUUUUAAUGUUUCAGACAACCUACUGAUAUAUUUGUUUAUUCAAAAUGGCUGUUUUUAUUUCUACAUAGUAAUUGUAGAUAUGUCAGACAGAAUUGCUUUAAUGAAAAUAUCUGAAUAAGAUAUUGCGUAAAAACGGAAAAUAUACUUUUCCAGUAUAGUUUUCCAUCUUUUAGCUUGUUUGAAGAUUCAACAUAACAAUUCAACUUGCUGUGUAUUUUUCAAAGUUAAUGGAUCAGAUUAACCACUUUAUAUACUAAUAAUAUAUAGCCCAAAUUGGGUAAUAAAGCAUUUCACUGCUUUAUAU